GAGAGAUGAAGAAAUGGCUUCAGCAAAGCAUGAGGAUGAGGAUAUAUUCAUUGCUGCACAACUCCAGCAGACUUUGGCUAGCCUGGAUGAAGAUUUAGAAGCAGUGGAUAGCGUAAGUAACUCUGACUCUGAGUCCAUCAAUGAAGUGUCGAGCCCACAUAUAAGAAAAGUUGAGGCUGCCGAAGGUGUUACCAUUUCUGUUCCAGUAACAGUCAUAGAUGAUGCUCCAGAAGUUGGCACCUCUAACUCAGCUGGAAAUCAAGAGGCAGAGACAAGGGUCUCACAAAAUAUCUCAGCUGACUCUGUUAAUACAGGAAACUUUACAAAUAAAAACAACAGUGCAGGUUCCUUUGAUAAGGGACACACAGAUGGUGGAGCUGUAUGCAUAUCCAAGGACCUAAUACAACAGGAACCAUCUGAAAAUGAAUUCAGUCACUUGCCUGUGGAACAGAGGAGAGAUAUGUUUGAAUCUCUCACAUCCUCAUUCGAAAAAAGAAGUGAAAAGAACUUAAGACUGGAACCCCCCCCCAAACAUGCUGUGAAAUCUGAGGAAUGUAAAUCUAAGCUGACUCCAUCUCAUUCCAAGGCCACAGCUGAAACCAGUACAGCAAAAGAGAAGAUAAAUCCAUUUAAGGAAUGUAGUAACAGGGAAAGAUCUCUGAAAAAAAGUAAAUCAGAAUUAGAAAUCAAAUGGCCACCAGCAAAAAAAAUUGAAGCAAAAGAAGUCCCAUCAACACCCACAUGGUGUCAUCGUGCCCAGAAUUCAGGAACAAACUAUGAACCUAAAAUGGGUUUGACAACCUUUAAAGUUGUCCCUCCCAAACCUGAAGUAAAACAUUUUGAUAGAGGAGUUUCACUCUCCACUGGUGCCAUUAAGAUAGAUGAACUAGGCAACCUUAUAGGCCCAAAUGCUGGCGUCAGUAAGCACAUACCAGGUACCUCUGCUGAUGAAAGUGAGGAAAUUCAUCUUGGGAAAGUGAAGGCAUUCUGGAGGUCAAGUUCUAUGGAAAAGCAAAGUGAUGACUCUGCUGAGCAUCUUCCUAAAAAGUCAGCAGUCACCACAAACUGUAAGCCCUUUACUAUAAAACAUGAACACAAACCUGUCUGUCUUGCAGCUCCAAAACCUGUGGUAGCACAAACUGUUACUACCCAGGGUGCUGAAAGACAGUCUGAGAAUGAAAGGAGCAAACCGCCUCUUCCAGUUACACAGUCUCAGGUAACACCAAACAUUAAUAAGGACAAGCUGGAGCUUCCAUUUCUAAAGCCACAUAGGAGAACUUCAAGUCAGUAUGUUGCCUCUGCCAUUGCAAGACACAUCAAUGUAACUACCUUUAAGUCUGACUGCAUGGAAUAUAAUGAGAAAGAUGAAAAUAAGCAAGGGGCAGGAGAGGUUAAAACUGAAGCAGAAGUUUCACCAAAAAGAUGUAUUAUUGUGGCCAAAUAUAGCCCUGUGGAAACAGAAUCAUCAGAAACAAGAGAAACAUUUUCAAGUAUUUUUACUUACAGUCAAAAAGCAUCCCACAGGUUUACACCUGGUGAUAAUUCUGGCAUGGAAAGCAAAGUAGUUAACAUCAGGGCACCAAAUCAAGCAACUCCUGUGAGUUCCUAUAAAAAGAAUGCCAGUGUCCCACUUACUAAAUCCUCUUCAAAGGAUAACAGCAGUGCAGAAGAUGAUCAUGGUUUAAACAGCAAGCAAAGUAUAGCAGAGAAAAAGAUGCUGUUUGACCAGAAAUGUGAGACUUUGACCCAUACUAAUUCAGCCCCACCUCUCAAGUCUCCUGAUCUCCAAGGAGUCCCACCUUCUUUCAGCUCAUCUUUGCGAGUCACUAAAUGGCCUCCUGCUAGCAGCGUGCAACUUAGUUCGCUUAAAGCUUCAUCCAAGCUAAAUGGUGCAGCAGCAAAUGCAGAGACAGAACAGGAGAAGAAACCUGAUGAUUCAGAUAUUAAUGCUAUCAGUGAACUGGAUGUUAAUGUGCAGACCAAUAUCUUUGGACCAAAGAAGAAAUUCAAACCUGUUGUGCAAAAACCAAUUCCAAAAGACACGUCACUGCACAGUGCCCUAAUGGAAGCCAUUCAAACAGGAGGGGGAAAGGAGAAACUCAGAAAGGUUCCAGACAGUGGGCUAAAUGGCAAUCACAGGAAACCCUCAUAUCCUGAGCCAGAGAAUGUGCGCUCAGCCCUCCUAGCAGCAAUUAGAGGCCACAGUGGCACCACAAAGCUCAAAAAGAUCUCAUCAUUGGCCUCUGAAGAGCUGCAGAGUUUUAGGAAUGCAGAACUGUCCUUGCAGAAGGCAGAAGACCCUCAGGAAGAGCAGCUUUCUAUCCCACCUGCCCCUGCCCAGCCACCACCACCACCUCCCACUCAGCUGUCAGCGGCAGCUCCUAAAUCCUCUGCCAUGGCUACAGUUAACCCUGGGGAGGCAAGGCAAGCCCUAAUGGAGGCCAUUCGCUCUGGUGCUGGAGCAGCAAAGUUAAAAAAGGUAAAUGUACUCUUAUAUUUUAUCUUGGAUGAAACAACCUAG